GGGGUUCCCCUGAGGCGGGGCGGGGGGCAUUAUAAAGGCACCAGCCUCUCUCCAGGGAAAGGACAUUUUGCCUGUCCGGUACCCCCCUUUUCUUCCUCUCAGUGUCCCCAAACGAGUUUUGGAGGCAGUGAGCCGCCGUGGAGAAGAAAGAAAGCGACUGGACCUACCAAAUGUGUCUUCCCAAUUAAAAUGCCCUCCCGCUGUAGGGCUGACAACUUUCCAGCUGGCCCAUGUUGUUGUGCCUUGAAACAGCAGACUGGUCCUCGAGAGACGAGUCGUACCGUGACAGUCUUGUUGCAGGACCGUGGCACACUGGAUCUCAAGGCUUUUGAAAGAAGGCUUACUGAAUAUAUAGCUUGUUUACAACCAGCUACUGGACGCUGGAGAAUAAUACUUAUAGUCGUAUCAGUCUGUACAGCAACUGGCGCCUGGAACUGGUUAAUAGAUCCUGAAACACAGAAGGUUUCUUUCUUCACAUCUCUAUGGAAUCAUCCAUUCUUCACAGUUAGCUGUAUUACUCUUAUAGGUUUGUUUUUUGCUGGAAUACAUAAGAGAGUGGUGGCACCCUCGAUCAUAGCAGCACGAUGUCGAACAGUCCUGGCAGAAUACAACAUGUCCUGUGAUGAUACUGGAAAACUAAUAUUGAAACCUCGGCUUCACGUCCAGUAACCCACUAUCUUCCUUCAACUCUACUCGCUGAUGUGGAAAUGUAAGAAAAGACCUUUCUUUGAGAGAGUGAGGCCAAAUAGGAUUGUGGGGUGUUGAGUUGACAGCAAAAGCGUGAAAACAUCUGGUUUAUUUAUUCAGAAUCUCCUUGUUUUUUUUGUCUGUUUUAUGCUUUCAAUUCCUUCUCUGGCAGCAGGGGCGGGUAAGCUGUAGCCUUCCAAAUGCUGGGGGACUCCGACUCCCAUCAGCCCCAGCAAACAGUCGUGGGUAAGAGAUAAUGGGAGCUGUAGUCCAAUAGCUUCUGAGGGACACAGGUUCCCCAACCCUGCCACACAGUAUUAGUACGUCUCUGGGGUUUCAUCUUCAGCAUGGUGGGAUCCUCUAUUUAGAAAAUGACUCAAUUGGUUUUAUGAUGUGCAAAUCACUGUAAAUAGGAAAUGGAACCAGUAUUUGAAGAGAUACUUAAACCUGCCAUUCAUACAGCAUUUUACCAUUACAUUUGUUCAUUAAUCAUGGCUAUCUCGCUCCCCACCCAAUGCUGCAUUUUAUACAUAAAAAUUCUUCUGGCAGAACUCUUUUUGGUGCUUAUUACUUUGAAUUUUGUCACAAAAGCUCCUGUUCUUCAGUUCCUUGCAUUAGCAGUAGCCGAUUUUCAGCAAAUUCUAUGUUUAGGCUUUUAAUAUUUUAAAACCUCUGUGUGUUUGGGGCAUACAGUAAUGAUGUAUUGUAUCUGAAAUUUACACUGUGGUAGUUUUGCCACGAAACCAGUAUUGCUUAACUUCAGAUUACUUGAUAAAAAGAAAGUGCCACAAAUGUAACAAAGCUCAAGGUAGAUUCAGACUUUCCUUUGGGCCCAGUCUGGCAUAAUGCUGCCUGAUUCCUUAAGCAUCGUUAGGCAACCUGCAGACCUAUAUGUACUUUUCCUUCUCACAUGAAACUUCUUUUCAGUUUCUGAGCUAGCAAAAGUUACUUCUUCCUUGGUGCCAGUGUUUUUGCUAACCACAUUUGGUGCCAAGCCAGUUUGCAAGCCUGCUUUGAAUAACUGCUGCAAACUGUGGUUUGACAUUAGCUAGGGUUGGCAGAAAUGUUAGCAUAAUGCAUUAAUUCACUAUGCAGUGGAGCAUAAGCUGCAUUAUUGAUAUUGCAAGAGAGGAUUAGAUGCCCGGAGGAGGAGGAGGAGGAAUAUGCGAAGCUGUGGCACGCUAUCUGAUUAUAUGAGCAGGCAGCAUGACAUUUAAUGCAAGACCAUCUAUUUUCCUCCAUUCGCCCAGCUGGAUCAUCAUAAUCAGGCAUGACAAAAGCAUAGUAGCCACUGAGUCAAAUUCUCUAUCCUUAAAUGCCCAUGGAACUUGGUGGGUAGGGGAUGGCAACUAAAAUAGCUUUGUGAAGAGGCAAAAUCAGCCAUCUGAAUCUACCUUUAUUACAGAAAAGUGUUAAAAGUGGCUGUUACACAUAGUAUGACUUUGAAAUACUGACACAAAGCAAUUUAAUUUUAAACAUUUAAAUUCUUCCUGUGCCUUUUUACAAAACCUGUUUCAAGCUAUUUUAAGAAGAGUAUAAAACUUUAAGAGCACAAAGCAACUGGCAGUGUAGGAAAUGCUGCACCACGAGGAAGAUUUUGUACAUACAGGAAACCAAAACUACACUUGUGUCAAUGUUUAAUUCUCCUUUGAAUGCUGCAAUUAAAUCCUGUGCUCUUGAAGUCUUCUCUGCAUCUCUUGCUCCACCUCUGUUUUUAAGUGCUGUAAAUUUUUGUAGGAAAUAUGUAUAAAAUAAAAAUUUUAUUUAUAAU